AGUUGGAGACUUGGGGUUGGCUCGUCUUUAGCAUCAGCACCAACAGCGGCGAGCCAAAGCCAAUCCGAAGCAAAGCGAGACGGUGGGAAGAGAUCAGAGUGGAUAUAAAUCGCGGGCUUUGGCUCGGUUGAAUUGGUCCAGUAAGAGAUCAAAGAAUGGGAAAGAGCCUGAGAGAGAGAAGAAGAAAGAGUUCUCCGAGUACUUGCAUUUGCGAGUCUUGCAUCGGAGAAAGCAGAGAGCUUUAUCCAAGCUGGUUGAAGCUUGGCCUUUUGUGGUGAUUGGGUUUUAGAUUUUUGCUCGUCUUUUGUUGGAUUCAGAGGAGAGGGGGAGCGACCGACUGACGCAAGGGGAGGAGGGGGCCAUGAUGUUGGGUCUGGUGCUGUUACUCUUCGUGGAAACUCUUCUUAUAGGACACCUGGAGGGUGGUGAUGCGAUCAUCGAAAUCGGGCUCGGAUUGGAGGAAUGUGGAUUCUAAGGUUUGUGACAUGAUUCUCACAGCACCAGAUCUUCAAGACCACAGAGAGGAGGACAAAAAAAAUUACUUGGAUAACACUGUACACAACUGAGCUGAGAGGAAACUAUUAACAAAUCGACGUCAGGGCGGGGUUGUCAGCUUAGUGCUUGUGGGUGUCCAUGUUCUUCCCAAUUUUUUACUAAUCUAGAGGUCUUGUUGUUCCUGUCACCUUUGCUUGAUCCACUGGUCUCCUGACUCCGUGGGGGCUGCCACGGGCUGGGGAAACACUAAACUCUCUCUAUUAGACCGCAUCUUCAGGCCUCUUGCUCGUUUCAGAACAAGGAAGUCUGUGAUGCCACAUAGAUCUUAGACUUAAUCGUUCUUCUUUUAGGACAAAUCUGUUUGCUUACCUCUCACCUCUUUCCCUUUCACGCUUGGCUCGUGGAAAUAUUCGAUCUUUUUGCUGCUACAAAAGGUUCAACUGUCCCACCUUCAAAGUUACCCUCCUCAACAUGUGGGUUUUCUUUAUUUCAGUUGCCAUAGAUUGCCGUAUGAUGAGCUAGGGAUGAGGGGAUGAGGUGUAAGUUUUCUGGUAGUGAAGAAGAGGCGACCUUGUUUUCGACACAAUGAAGUAUAUGAAACUUGGAUCGAAGCCUGAUGUUUUCCAGACAGAAGGGAACAAUAUCAGAUUUGUGGCAACCGAGUUGGCUACUGAUAUCAUUGUUAAUGUAGGAGAUGUGAAGUUUUAUCUACACAAGUUUCCGCUCCUAUCCAAGAGUUCUCGCAUGCAAAAGUUGGUGGCAGCUGCCAAUGAGGAAAAUAAUGAUGAGAUUGAUCUUACCGACAUACCAGGGGGCCUUGCAGCCUUUGAAAUAUGUGCUAAAUUUUGCUAUGGCAUGAUCGUCACCCUCAAUGCAUACAAUGUAGUUGCAGCUCGGUGUGCAGCAGAGUAUCUUGAAAUGCACGAAAACAUGGAAAGAGGGAAUCUUAUCUACAAAAUCGAAGUCUUCUUAAAUUCUAGCAUUUUCCGCAGUUGGAAGGACUCAAUCAUAGUUCUUCAGACCACAAAAUUGCUUCUACCUUUGUCUGAGGACUUGAAGGUGGUCAGCCACUGCAUUGACUCUAUUGCUUCCAAGGCCUCCAUUGAUCCUUCUGAGGUUGAGUGGUCUUACACCUACAACAGAAAGAAACUUCCAUCUGAAAAUGGCCUGGAUGCGCAUUGGAAUGGUGUCAGGAAGCAACAGACUGUGCCGAAGGACUGGUGGGUUGAGGACCUUUGUGAGCUCGAAAUGGAUUUCUACAAGCGGGUUAUAAUUGCGAUCAAGAAUAAGGGGAGAAUGUCUGGUGAAGUCAUUGGAGAAGCUUUAAAGGCUUAUGCAUAUAGAAGGCUUUCAGGUUUCAGCAAAUGUACUGUGACCCAUGGAAGUGAUGCUCCCAAAAGCCAGGCAAUUCUUGAGACAAUUGUGUGGCUCUUGCCAACAGAGGCAGGUUCGGUUUCAUGCAAUUUCCUGCUCAGGCUACUGAGAGCUGCAUGCUCACUGGACUGUGAAGAAAUGAGCAAGAAACAGUUGAUUAAGCGAAUAGGCUUCCAGUUGGAAGAAGCUUCUGUAUCUGAUCUUUUAAUUCCUGCUGCAGCAGAGGAAUCCACUAUAUAUGACAUCGACAUGGUUUUAAGUAUAGUGGAGGAGUUUAUCAUGCAAGACAACAGCACUGCUCGAACCAGCCCACAGGCCGCUGAGGAACUUCUGGGGGUUAGGAGUCCGGCCUUUGUUUCUGGUAGUUCAAAGCUUGCUGUUGCAAAGCUAGUUGAUGGGUACCUUGCUGAAAUUGCGAAAGACCCUAAUUUACCUCUUUCAAAGUUUGUUGAGCUUGCUGAAAUGGUAUCAGCUGCUUCUAGGCCAGUGCAUGAUGGACUUUAUCGUGCUAUUGACAUGUAUUUGAAGGAGCACCCAGGUCUAGCAAAGAGCGAGAAAAAGAAAAUAUGUGGUCUAAUGGACUGCAAGAAGCUGUCGGUGGAUGCAUCAAUGCAUGCUGUGCAGAAUGAUCGCCUUCCUCUCCGUGUGGUGGUUCAAGUUCUCUUCUUUGAACAGUUGAGGGCCACUGCAGCUGCUCCUGCUGGCAACGGGGCUGACAUUCCGCGAAGUGCUAGAUUGCUGCUACCUCCGGAGAAUGGCACUUCUUAUGCUAGUUCAAGAUCAGCUGCCAUGACCAACACCGAAGAUGACUGGGAUGGUGCAGUUGGAGAUGUCAGCUCUCUAAAGUCUAUGAGUUUGGUACGUAGAGGUGGAGGGAGUGAAAGGAGUAGCGGCAGCAACGAAGUUAACAAGAAUGGCGAUGAGAAGGGCAAUGGCAAAGUGAAGGGAAUUCUGAUGCCCAAGAAGAUACUGGGCAAGCUCUGGUCAAGCAAGGGGCAAGGUGGGGAGAGUAGCAACUCUGACACAUCCGACAGCCCAGGUUCCAUUAACCUGGAGGAGUCCAAGUCUACACCUUCAAGGAACACAAGGCGAUCAGUUUCGUAAUGGGAAAGCUAUUGGCGUUUGUAAUUUUGAUCUAUUGUUUCAUCCGACAUUAGAAAUGAUUUUAGAACAGGAGCAGCUCACUCAAGAACCCAGUGAACUGGGUUCAUAAAGAAAGUUGUUUUGCUGGCUGGGUUCAAGGUCCUGGUUGCUGAAUGCCGAUAGCAUGCUAGGAAGUAUUUUCAGUUGGGGGAUUGUCUAUGAAUGAUGACCCAGUUUUGUUUGCCUGUAUCAUAAAGAAAGAAUAGUUAUGUUUUGUUUCAGUGAAGUCUGUAUGAGAUAGUUUGAUGAGAGUUUGGUGUCAUUUA